ACCAGUUGAACGCGGGGGCCCGUCGUGUGCGCACGUGACGAACGUUCUAUUCCAAAUUUGAAUUUGUAAAAAGAACAAAUCAAAAACGAAUCACAAUUCCGCAAACUUUUGUUUUAUGAAUGGAAGUGUUUUAUGUUCUUUAACGGUUAUGCAAAGCGAUUGUUCCGUUUGCAGGUGCGCCUUUGUUUAGUGUAAAAAGAGGUUUUAAGUUAAGUGUUUUCGUUGAGUGAAAUCUAGUAAACCAGAAUGUCCACCCUGCUCUUCUGGCAGGGCAAGGGGAAGGCGAAUGGGGCACCGAACGGGAGGAAUUGGAUACAUGGCCCUGACGCGCUCGUGAAGGGGCACGUCGCGUAUUUAGUCAAGUUCCUCGGCUGUACACAAGUUGAUCAACCAAAAGGCAUCGAAGUAGUGAAAGAUGCGAUCAAAAAGCUGCAGUUCACACAGCAGCUGAAGAAAUCGGAGACGAAGGAUGCUGCUAAAUGCAAGAAAGUCGAAAUCACCGUGUCCGUUGAUGGUGUGGCUAUACAGGAGCCGCGGUCAAACAACGUGUUAUACCAGUUUCCGUUACACAGGAUAUCUUAUUGUGCUGAUGACAAAGGCGCAAAGAAAUACUUCUCCUUUAUUGCUAAGGGUGGCAGUACUGUCAACGGGGUCAACGGCCACGAUAGCGGGAAUAUGGAGAAACACGAAUGUUUUGUUUUUAUAUCUACGAAGCUAGCGUCAGAGAUCACGCUGACCAUUGGACAGGCUUUUGAUCUCGCUUACAGACGGUUCCUGAACGAUAACGGUAAAUACAUAGAGCUACAGAAACUAACACUGCAGAACAAGAAACUCGAAUUACAAAUGAACGCAUACAAAAAUCGGCUACAGGAACUCUCUCGGAUCACGUACAAGGACGAUCUGUCAGCGUAUUUGGCGCGAAACAACAUUACCGACAUCACCGAGUUCAAGCCGCCGCCGGAACUCGAGAAGCAGAUCUCCUCUCUCACUCUGGCGAACGGGUUCGCGAUGAACGGGAGCAAGACGCCCGAUAACGGUAUGGACGCGAUGUCAAACAACUCAACAGAUACGUACAAUUCGAGUAACGAUAACAACUUGCUGCUAUCAACGCCUCCGCCCACGCACAAUAACAGAACUGGAAAACUCCUGGGUGACUUGUCUUCGAACAAGAACCCCGCGGUAGGCACCAAACUAGAGGGAUUGCUGAUGAAUUCAGACUCCGAUAGCGAAUUCGAUCCAAGAGCUUAUGAGUCGGAGCCGAUGAGCCGCUUCAACUCUUCGGUUGAUAGCCCAUCGACUCCGGCACCCCCGCUACUGGCUCCACCGCCAAAAGCGUCGAAACGUCAAACGCAAACCCAACAACAGACUCAAAGCGUUCCCAUGAACGGGAACGAUCUGUUUGGUUCAACGCCGUUCUCGAUUCCGAACCAAAUCCAACCACAAAACCAGUCAUUCCCAACAAACCAAUCUAAUAAACCGAACUAUGACAUCCGGGACUUUAACCUACAAACGUCGGUCUUCAACUCCAACUCAUCGUUCACGAAUGGCUUGACUGGAUACGAUCCGUUUGAGACGCAGAAGGCUGGCAACAUUUUUGGCAACGGUUUCGGGAAUAAUUUUAACGGAUUUGGGAAUUUGAGUGAGAAACCAACAGUGGAAUUGGACAGUAGCUUCAACGGGUUCUUAGAUAAAACCAUAUCCGAGAUGAAGGACGGAUUCAGCAGAGGGAUCAGCUUUGGAAACGAUGAUUUUUCAAUAGACAACCUGGAUCCCAUCAAGAAAAACUGAAAGUAAAUAAAAAAAUGUAGUUAAAAUUUAUUGAGAAUCCUUGUAACAAUUCACACAACAUAGUUUAAUGCAAAAUAUUGUAAGACAUUAUGAAUUAUCGAAGUAGAUUUAAGCAUUGUGUAGAUUGUGACGACGAUAUAAUGUUGCCAUGUUAUUGGUUACAAAUUCUCCGUGAUAAUAGGUAAUUUUCGAAAAGUAGAAAAUAUAUUAAAAUUGUAUUCCUAGAAUCUCUAUAACCAGUAAUGUGUUGAACGCUAUUUAUACAUAAAAUAAGAUGAAAUAUACAAAGCGCGCUCAAACAUUCCAACGUGCCUUAUGAAGACAAUAAGAACUUAUAUAAUUAUUUCUCCAGUAGAUUUUUAAGUAAAAAUGUAUUUUGGUAGAUUUAUUUUAAUGUAAUUUAGGGACCAAAAUUUUAACCAUUGAGGAUUUGAAGUUCGUCGUAACAUUCUGUGAUAAUUCUUUGCAAAUUGAGGAACUUCAAGUCAGUUUUACUAACGUUUAUAUACAAGAUGAAUUAUUAAACUCCUAUUUUUAUAACUUGAUGUGGAGUUAUUUUGCGAAAUUAAAUUUGUCAUUUAAAGCUGCAAUCUCAGGCUGCGAAUACAUGACAACGAUACCAAAAAAAAAACAAAAUUAACGAGCAUAUUAUUUUUAUUAAUUGUGACUUUCCUCGUAUCCUGAAAUAUUUCCUAUAUUAUUUAACGUUUAUAAAUUGUAAGAUUAAGUCGUGAAUUAUAACAGCGUUGUCUAAAAAAAUAUUGUAAAUAAACUGUCAUUUUUUGAUGACCUUGCAGCCUCAUUCGUUCAUUCAUUCAUUCAUCGAUCUAUGCUUUUUAAAUAAUGAUAUUAUUUGUAUAUUGGUUUAUAACUGUUGUAUCCCUGUCACAAUAGUUAAUUAUAUUAGUAUUGUACACUAAUUUUGUAUUAAGGCCAAAA